CCUAACUCAACAUCAAAGGACCCCACCGGAAGAGAGCGUUUUUCAAACGUACCAAACAAACCAUUACCCGUUCCUUCAUGAUGUAAGUGUUAACUUAAAGCUAACUGCUGACUAUUUUAGACACCGAAGAACACUUGACAAGAUGGACGCGGAGGAAAAGCACAAACUUACUUUAAACAAUAAAGCCACCGAGCCUCCGAAGGCGCCUUCCAUCGAGGAUUUCAUUAUUUUGAAACCAAUCAGCCGCGGUGCUUUUGGCAAAGUCUAUCUUGCACGGAAGAAAUGUAACUCCCGUUUAUAUGCCAUCAAGGCAAUGAAGAAAGCAGAAAUGGUGGAUAAAAAUAUGGGCGGCCAGAUGAAGGCAGAAAGGGAUGCACUGGCAUUGAGCAAAAGCCCCUUUAUAGUUCACCUUUUUUACUCUCUUCAGACAGCCACCAAAAUCUACCUGGUAAUGGAAUACCUCAUAGGAGGAGAUGUGAAGUCUCUUCUGCAUAUUUACGGCUAUUUUGACCAGGACAUGGCAGUCAAAUACAUAUCAGAGGUCGCGCUUGCGUUGGAUUACCUGCACCGCCAUGGGAUUAUCCAUAGGGAUUUAAAGCCGGACAACAUGCUUAUUUCCAACGAGGGUCACAUUAAAUUAACCGACUUUGGGCUUUCCAAAGUCAAACUUGACCGAGAGUUGAAUCUUAUGGAUAUCCUCACUACACCAUCCUUGGCAAAACCCAAGAAGGAUUACUUCCGCACGCCGGGUCAAGUCCUCUCCUUGAUCAGCUGUAUCGGUUUUAACACGCCUGCGGGUGAAGGAAAGCGUCACUGCAGUGCAUCUGCCGCAUCCUCUCCCGGGCUAUGCGGUAAAGUGAAACAGAAGAAUAACUCCCUCGGCUCCCCCCUGAUGAGGACGACAAGCUCCCCUGCUCGCCACCCUUGGAAGAAAGGGCCGGACAGCACCGUGUUCAGUCCACAUCACUUGGCUAAAAACCUGAUGCCCACGCUGAUGAAGACGCGAAAGCGGUUUGAGACGACGAGCGCGGGCAGCACCACCGACACAGACGGAGGAGUCAGCCCUUUGUGGGAGCACGAGGAGAAAGAAAAUGUAAAAAGCCAAGAGAAUGCAAGAAGACAUUUGGAGUCCAAAGAGUCCCCCGUGAAGCCAGACACCCCUCCCUCUGAAACAAAGCCCGUCUCUCUGCUGCCAAGAGAUGACGCUUUUGUUCCGUCAUCCAUCAAGAGAACAUUUUCAGACAUGCAAUUGAGUCCAGAACAGCUGGAGAACCAUGCCAAGAGGAACACCGUGCAAUACAAACGAUGCUAUGAGAUUCCCCAUGACACUGCCGGCUUUCACACGGGCCUCACUGGAGCUUUUUCCGCCAUUGGGAUCACUGCGACGGCCGAUCAGGCCCCCAUGCGCUCCAGUCCCAUCGCCGUGUCCAAGAGUCUAAUUCACGAACUGGAGGAGGAGUUAUUGGACGGUGACACCAAUAAGGACCUGUCAGAUUCCAGUUUCACGUCGCCGCUGGCCGAGAACAGCGCCAUUUGCAGAAGCUUGAGUCUGGACUCUGAUGUCUCCGUGCUGGAAACGUCGCUGACCUUAGACGGUCAUACCUCACUAGAAUCGGUCAGACCUCCCAAAAAGAGCGCAUCUUCUGAGGAGGACACCGUAGCACCUCCACAACCACAGCCUACCUUCUCUUUUUCCAUCCCGAGCUGUGACUCCAGGCCUCCCGAUCCAGCCGGCGGCGUGGCGCAGUCCCCCUCCUUCCUCAAGCCAAAGAACGUGGUGGCUUUCCGGAGCUACUGCAGCUCCAUAAACCGCUCCAACACGUCGGGCGUGUCGCGGCUCAGCAUCGGCUCCAUGGACGGCAUGGACGUCUCCAUGCAGGCAUGUCACUCGGGUACCGCUACACCGGUCCAGAGGCGAACCAGCUCGCAUAACAGCUCGCUCUGCCAGACUCCUAAGGCCGCGUCGACCUCUCACACCCCCUUCAGGACACCAAAAAGCGUGCGAAGGGGGCAGCUGCCCGUGGAGGGGGCGCCCAUUUUAGGCACUCCGGACUAUCUGGCUCCAGAACUUCUUUUGGGGAAACCUCACGACUGCAUGGUGGACUGGUGGGCACUGGGCGUGUGCCUGUUCGAGUUCCUCUCAGGCGUGCCACCCUUCAAUGACGAGACGCCUCAACUAGUUUUCCAGAAUAUACUCAACAGAGACAUCCCCUGGCCUGACGGAGAUGAGGAGCUGUCGGAGAAGGCGAGGAAUUCCAUCGAAAUCCUGCUGACCAUGGACAAGACUAAACGGGCAGGACUGAAAGAGCUGAAGUGUCACCCGCUGUUUGAGGGCUCCGACUGGGAGAACCUGCAGAACCAGCCUAUGCCGUUCAUUCCGCAGCCCGAGGACGAGACGGACACAUCGUACUUUGAGGCAAGAAACAACGCUCAGCACAUCGCCGUGUCAGGCUUCAGUCUUUAGUCAAGUUUCCCGGUCUGGCUAGAAAUGUUUAAAAAAAAAAGUGCAAUCACUACUUACAUGAGGUUUUUAUGUCAUAGUUAAUUGGCUACAGUAGUUUGUUUUACUAGUUUCCUUCUUUCCUAUGAUGUUUGUGUAAACGUGUCUCACAUUUGAUUGCCGCACAUAUACCUGUUGAAGAAUUCUAAUAUAUGUACUGACAUAUUUUAUUUGCUCGACUGCAUACUUUAAAAAAAAAAAAGGUUGCUGUUUUUAUGCUCUUGAUCCAUUUCCUGCACACACAAUGUACUCCGUCACCCUUCCCACGACACCCCAAUAAAUAAUAAAACAAAGUAAAUUGUGCGUGCUGAAGAAAACACCGCAGGACACUAAUACGCUUUAUGAAACUUUUAUUUGAGGCUUAGAUUAGGACAUGCAGAGUGCGCUCUAUCCACAGGCAGAGGGCCACAAAGCCUUCAGUAGAAACUAUUAAUGUUUUUACAUUUUAUUACAACAUAAUGGCUCUUUAACAGGUUAGUGCAGACCUUUUUGGAAAUGAUUUUUUUUAUUAUGACAAUGCAAUGAAAAUAUUGCAUUUAGGUCUGCUCCCCUUGUUUACAGUUUGUAUGGAUGUCACUACAGUACAUUAUAUUAUCACACAAUUAGACAACAUAGAAAAAACAUUGAUGACAAGCCAGUUAUUGAUUUGGUCCAGCACUACAAGCGCUACAAUAUGUGAAUAUGAAAGCCAUAAUGUGUGCGAUGGGAUGUUGAGGCACUUCUAUGUGGAUCAUGAAACCUAAACAUUAAGCUGGCCAGUAGAUUGUUGUGUUGCUAAAAGCAAUAAAUAUUAAUACUAAUCAGAAUUACAAAGAAUAUCACAUAUUACAGUUAUAUAUUUAUAUAUUAUCCUCACAUUCUCGCUUCCCUAGCUAGUCGUUAUAACAGUUUUAGCAGCAUUGCCUGGGCAACUAUUUGAAAAGUUAAAACCACGUCAAAAAAAGAUUAUCUGGCCCACUUGUGCAGAGAAGCCCUAGUUACUAUGGAAACAGCCAUCAUUCUGUGGAUUUCCCUCAGCGCAAAAGACAUUCUUUUAACACCACACACACAUAGGACAUGUUUUCUCAAGAGUUUCGUCGUCUUCUUAGUGCAAAAGCAAAUG